UUAUAAAGACAAUAGUCGUACGGCUGGGAUAUUCAAUAGCCUAAUUUGUUUUGUAAACCAAUACAUUCCUUUAAAUUCAAUUUCCGUGCACUAAAUCCUCCCAUGGCCAGAUUUUCAAAAAUUCCAGGACAAUCAGAUUUCAAAGGUCUCGGGCCCUCCUCUCCCCCGGCUUUGUAAGUCUGCUAGAUACACCCCCGUACUGGAGGAAAUCAACGGUGACAGAGAGAAGGGGGUGCUUUCAAAAAUGAGAAGCCCACCCCUGCCUGAGCAGAGGGGAAACUUGGAAAGAUAGGAUCCAAGAGGCAGGCAGAAAUGUUUGCAUGAGCAGAAUUGAGGCCAGAUGUUUGAAGCUCCAGGAGCCCUGCAGACCAGGGCAAUUCUGGAGGGUAGAUUUUUGAAAAGCUGGGAAGGGUGUUUGGAAACCUCCGUCUCAACACUGGAGAGAUCGUGGCUUUGGAUAGAGAUCAAAUUGAGAAAUGAAAUCUACCCCAUCCCACCCCCCAAGUAUGACCAAGGAUAAAGCAACAAAAGUGCAAGCUUUCAGCACACAGUAGGCAUUUUAUAAACGUUUAUGGGGAGAAAAUUAAAUCCAAAAGUCAUGCUCUCUCCCACUUAUUUCGACUUGGAGCCUGGAGGAGGAAAUAAGAGCUAUUUUUGGCUGCUGACCCAGCUGGCAGGGCAGUGGCCAAGUGCCCGAUUUCUCCUCUUUCCCCAGAGUUUGGGAGACAGCAAGCAUCUCACUGUGGAAUCCCGCCUCCAACUGAGCGUGCUGGGCUGGCUCCAGACCACCAAGCCUGCCAGUAGUGGCUUCGAGUGGCAUUGAGAUGUGACCUUAUGACUUUCGGGUGACUAGAGACGGGAAGGGAAACUGACCAGGCAUGGAUGCCAGGGCAAAAUGGGCCAGAAGUGUGCCCUGCCAGGUGCCUGCUUGCCACAGAGGACGCUCUGGGCCAGUUGCUCCACAAAAUUUAUGGACUGUGAAUUUCUCAUUCCAGUGGAGGAAGUAGGCAGGCGGGGCAGUCAGACUCUCAGACUCCGCCUGGGAGGCAGGUCAGGGCUUGAGCCUCUCCCCUUGAGGUGCUCCAAGUGACCAGAGGAGGAGACUAUAUUGAAUGCAGGGAGAAUUUCUCUGGUUUCUCUCUGAUUCUAAUUACUUGGGCGUCUGGUUUGUCCUUGAGAAUCUGACCCUGACGUCUUGAGACUCUAAAUUGCUGCUUUUCCUCUUGCUUUUUAUCCCUUCUGCCCCUAGGUUCUGAUCUCCACGGUCGCGGUCUCUGACCACACACAUUACAACCUUACCUGUCUUCAGAGCAGAGUCCUUUCCAACCGACGACAUGAUAGAACCCUCUGAAGACUCAUUUGAGACGAUGAUGGAGCUUAAUAAUCCAUCAUCAAAACAAAUGGAGUCCUCCGAGGGCUCAUCCAACACCGUUGAGGAGGCACCGGGCAGCAGCGGGGCACAGGCGCAGGCAGAGGCGGGCUCAGACAGCGGCCCAGCCCAGGAAGGAAAAGAGCCACCCAGUGGCUCGACCCAGGAAAUGCAAGAGCUGCCCAUUGAUCUAUACCAAAACUUGGAGGAGCCAUUCAGUGGCCUGUAUGAGGAACGAGAGAAGCUGCCCACUGAUCUUCUCCAAGACAUGGAGGAAACCAGUGGCCCACGUGAGGAACGAGAUGAGCUGCCCACUGAUCUACUCCAAGAAUUGGAGGAGUCAUCCAGUGGCCCAUUUGAGGAACGAGAAGAGCUGCCCACUGAUACACUCGAAGACGUGGAGGAACCUUCCAGUGGCCCACGUGAGGAACGAGAGGAGCUGCCCACUGAUACACUCGAAAACGUGGAGGAGCCAUCCAGUGGCCCACCUGAGGAACGAGAGGAGCUGCCCACUGAUACACUCGAAAACGUGGAGGAACCAUUCAGUGACCCAUGUGAGGAACAAGAGGAUCCACCCAGUGACCUACUCCAAGACAUGGAGGAGUCAUGUGAUAGUUCACACGAGGAAGAGGAGGAUCCACUCAGUGAGAUUGCUAUCUCAUCUGAUGGCAUAGAUUCAGUGUUCGUCAACUCAUCUGAGACCCAGACAGAGCAAGGAGAUGAGACUGACCUGGAAGAUGAAGAUGAGCUGAACCUCGGAGAGGAGGCUCAGCCCGGGGGCUCUCCAGAAGAAGUCAUGGCCACAAUGGAGUCCAUCAUCUCGGUGUUCCUCCGAGUGCACGACAUUGAACACCAACAGAGAGUAGCGGAGAGGAUCUUGAUGCAAGCCAUCGAAGAAGGCCGGCUCCCCAAACUCAGGCACUUCUCUGGAGAUCGCAGAGAAUACCAUGAGUUCAUUGUGCUCUGUCAGAUGACCCUACAGAACUACCCAUCAAUGUUCCACAAUGACCAGCUACGGGUGAAAUUUGUCAUGUGUCAUCUGUCUGACCUAGCCUUAGAAUGGGCCAACGGCCUGGUAGAGCAGGACAGCCCUCUGCUGAACAACUACUCAGGCUUCAUCGAGGCCAUGUCAGAAAUGUUCGAGUACAGGCAGACGCUGCGUGUGGCGGAAGACGCCAUGUUCAAUAUCAGGCAGGGGAACCGCGGUGUUGCCGAAUACAUCAAUGAGUUCCAGAGUCUGGUACAUACCUUGGGCUGGCCAGAUGAAGUCCUGCAGGCCCACCUGUGCCAGGGGCUCAAUGAAGACAUCAGGCAUUAUCUGUUUCGAAUCCCCCAGCCGGCAUCCCUGGAGAACCUGAUGGUGCUCGUCCUGCAAAUUGAAGAUAAGCUGGCAGAGAGAAGGGCAUUACUCAGGCUGCCCCCCGAGGCCCGCCCAAGAAGCCUAAUCUGGAUGGACACACCUGCCCCAGAGAAGUGGCAUGUGAGCACCUGGCUGCCCAAUGCGUUUCAUCCCAACAUCAAUCGUGCCCACCUCUUCCUGCUGCUCAUGGUGAGGGUGAACCCCUACCACAGUGUCGCAGUGCAGGCCCUGGUGGACUCAGGAGCAGAAGGGAACUACAUGGACGAGAAGUUUGCCCAAGAACACUACGUGGAGCUCUACGAGAGACCCUAUCCACAGGCAGUCCAAACCGUGGAUGGCUCCCUGAUCGGCAAUGAACCUAUCUCGCUGUGCACCGAACCCCUGCUGUGUAUCCAGCAGAAUCACUGUGAGUACAUCGAAUUUGACAUCGUACCUUCACAGCACUUCUCUGUGGUCCUCGGCAUCAAGUGGCUCCGUACCCAUGCACCUGAAGUUGACUGGUUCAAAGGCCGUUGCACCUUCCACUCUCCCUACUGCCUGAAGAAUUGCUUCCACCCACCCCCACCAUGCAUCGCACUGGAGAAAGUUAGCAUGACCAUACUACCCGGAUUGCCGCAAAUGUAUUCAGACCUGGCCGAUGUGUUUAUCGUGAAGGAAGCAGAUGAUGAGACUUCCGACCAGCCAAGCUCAGACGGAUCCGAUGAUCUUUCUGAAUCAGAGCCCUCUGAGCUUCAGCAGGCUGGAGACAGUGAUCACAACGACGUCUUUUAUGAGAGUUCUUCCAAGAGGCCUUAUCAAUCUGUGAGUGCCAGGAUGCAAGAAAAAGCCAGGCAGCAAGAGCAAUACUGGAUACUAUACGACAUGCUGAAUGACAGACAGGACUACAUACAGAUGAUGCCAGAACUGUUUGACCACUUACAUGGAGCUACAUGGUUCACAAAACUGGAGCUGCGAGACAUUGCUAAGGAACCCAGGGUGGACUACAGCCUCACACACACAGAAGACACAUGGAGAGCAACAUUUGGGAUGAGCCCUUACCAGAUGAGAUGCUACCGGCCCUUCACAAUAGACUCAUAUGCUGACGACUGUGAUAAUGAGAUUCACUUUAUCCUAAAAGACAUCCUAGGCUUCUAUGUGAUUGCCCAUGGCCGAGAGCUCCUGAUCUACUCAAUGAGCCAGGAGGAACACUCUGAUCAUGUCCGCCAAGUCCUGCUCCGCCUUCGCGGUCACAAUAUCCACUGCUCCCUGGACAAAACCCUGUUCCAUCGCCACUCCGCAGAGUUCAUGGGUUUCGCCCUAUCCCGCAAAGGGGUGAAACUGAACAAGACCAUCAGGAACAUCAUGAUGGGGUGUCCUGUCCCCAGCAACAGGAAAUCCCUGCAAAGCGUUAUCGAACUCUUCUAUCCCUACCGCCACUUCGUGGAGCACUUUGCCAUCAUUGCAGAGCCCCUGGUGAAACUGCUGCUGAGCUCAGAGCCCUUCUGCUGGGGAGAAGAGCAUCAGGAAGCCUUAGAUUGCCUGAAGAGGGCUUUUCAAAAAGCACCCUUUCUGUACCAUCCCAAGCCUCAGAAUCCAUUCUACUUGGAAACAGGCGUCACUGGGUCAUUCCUAUAUGCCUCCCUGCUCCAAACUGAUGAAGAAACUGGCAAGAAAGCUACCUGCUCUUUCUACUCACGACAUCUCUCCCCAAUCGAGGUGGAGUACCCUCAAGUGGAGAUGAGGAUCCUUCCAGUCCGGGCUUCCUUCAUGGUGUGGUGUCGCUACCUGGAGAACACCGAGGAGCCCAUCAUGAUCCUUCUCAACACAGAGGAUCUAGCCUCUCUGAAUAAUGACAGGCUCACCGUACUUCUCCCCGGGCAUUGGCUCUACUUCUUCGCUCACUUCCAUUAUGAAGUGAUGGAGCUGCCUGAUGAUGAUGACCCCCGAGCUCUGUCCCGUAGAAAUCCAAACCAGAGAGCCUUGAGAGCCAGGUACAUGCGGCCACUGCUGCUUCUUGCCCUGAGGGCAAGCCAAAGGGAAGCGUUCUCUGAUUUUGGGUCCGAGCCCGAGGCUGAGACUGAGUCCGAGGACAGUGACGAUGAGUCAGACCCGGAAUGGGCGGAGUUGAAUCGGCAGGCCCUGGUACAGGAGGCACUCUCUAACAUCCCAAUAGAACAGAUCCUCAACACCCUCCUGACCCACUUCAGCAGGGUCCAGAUCCGGUCCGUUGUCCUACACUUCUUCCGUGGCCUGCUCUACUGGAAGAGUGUCCUGGGUGUGGCAUCCCUCCUGGUGAUGAUGAGGGUGAGGCAGCCCCUCUCCCCACUUCCUGCCCCCUCUUUGGAGGUGGCCAGGCCUGAGCCCCGACACACACUCCGGCUCAUCCUGGACUCAAGCCUCAUUGCAGGUAGUGGCAUGGCCACAGCCAUCACUCAGUUGCUCAGCCAGAUGCCCCGGGUAGCGCGGGCCAACACCCUCCCAGCUCGAGAGCUGGCUGAACUGUACCUGAGCCCCAGGUGCUGGCAUCGGAAUGCCCUGCAUUCCCAGCCCCCACGGGGCCUGCGAUUCACCCCAGGGUUCUGGUUGACCCUGUGUGAGUUCUUCGGCGUCAGAGUCAACCCCGAGGAGGACAUCUUCCCGGACCCACACCAGCAACGAUACUUGGAGCUGCACGUCGUUGGUGAUGAAGAUGUCGUCUUGCGAGAAGCCCUGCAAGACGACCUGCAACGUUACCGUCAGUGUGGCCUGCAUGACGGCCUGCAAGACACCUCGCAGGACGCGCAGGACAACGACGUGCAAGAAGCCCUGCUUGAAGACGAAGAAGCCUUGCUUGGAAACCAAGAAGACCUGCUUGGCGACCAAGAAGCCCUUCUUGGUGACCAAGAAGCCCUGCUUGGAAACCAAGAAGCUGUCACCUUCCGCCCGCGAAAUCUGAUGGACCCAGAGGUUCUAGACUUCCUCAACAACCGCCUACUCUACAUUCUUGGUGCCGAUGGAAGGCUUACUCUGCUCAGCAGAGAUGAGGUGGCCCGGGCCCUCACGCGAUUCCUGACCAUGGCCUCCAGAAUGGCCCUGCUUUCCCCAGCCAGGGAACAGGCAAGGCUAGAAGCACUGUCAGACUCAUCAGAUGAUGAACUUGACUGAAAACACAACUAAGUUGAUGCCAUUCUCCUUUGUGCCUCAGCUAGCUUUGCUCAAAUCCAGUGACACCUCCUACCACUCCUGACCCAAGGGGAACCCACUUGUGAAGGGCCACAACUUCAAUUCAUCAACCAGCAACAUCAUCUGUGUUAAAGGACUAGCCAACUGUCAGCGUCCCAGAACCAGCCAAGACUGUGUGCAACCCUGUGCUAACUGUCCAAGACUGUGUGCCACCCUGUCCUAACUGAACGGGCCUCAGACCCACAGCGGGAAGUGAGAUAAAUGAGAGGAGGAAGCAGUGAUGAGCAACAAUGACCCUGUAACCCCAGGCCAGAUGCAGAACAGGCACAGCAGGCGCAGCCAAGCAAGCAGAUGCCAGGGAGCCCCCCCCACCACCACCCGAGUGACGUGAGGCCACCUGUGCAUCCUGGGACACUGACCUCGGGUGCUCCACUGACUUCUACCUCCUCACCGGUGCUCCAACUCCCCUGGGCCCCACCUCCACCCCCUCCCAGCCUCCGGAGGUACUGUGGUGCCGUGCCUCCCAGCCCACCCCUCAAGCAAACAAGCCCACCCCACACUAUCUGGUUUGGCUCCCUUGACACUUCAUCUGACCCUGAACUCUGAACUUACCUGAGCAGAGCUGCUCUGUGGGGCAUCCGACGUACCAGUGCGACUUACCUGAUAGACUUGCCCACCUUGAAGGUCCCUGAGACUCAGGGACCACCAGAAAAGGUGGUAGCACCAAAUGGGCCUCCCGUUCCCAAAACUGACAGCUGGACAGUGCAGGGGCCAGAGACCCCACAUAAAGGAGGGAGCCCCCAAGGACACUGGUGAUGCCCCAGACACCCAGCCUGCUGUGCCAAGGAGCCCAGACCACUGCUCUUUGUCGUGGGAAGGAGUACCUUCCUAUACUUUCCAUCCCGCUUCUGCUUUUACCCCACAAAUAAAGAGAAAAAAGAUUA